AAAUACAUGUUUGUUAUAAAAAAGAGUCUUCCCCAAAAGCAAUCCAUCGUUGGAUACAUCAAUCGUUAUAUUUGAGUGAAACAAUAAAUGCAUGUAGACUAUACUACACUCCCUCCAGCUUGCAAUUCGCCGAUCUCCCUCCGGGUUAAUUUCUGAUUCAGAAGAUAGAAGACAAAUGGUGAGAGCACCCUGCUGCGAGAAGACCGGACUGAAACGAGGUCCCUGGGCCCAGGAAGAAGACGACAUUCUCGUCGAUUACAUCAACAAAAACGGCCAUGGAAGCUGGCGAUCUCUUCCUAAACAAGCUGGCCUUCUUCGUUGUGGGAAGAGUUGUCGUCUACGAUGGACAAACUACCUCCGACCAGACAUCAAACGCGGCCCCUUCACUGCCGAAGAAGAAAAGCUCGUUAUCCAGUUACAUGCCAUUCUUGGCAACAGGUGGGCUGCAAUUGCUGCUCAACUACCAGGAAGAACCGAUAACGAGAUCAAGAACUUAUGGAACACUCACUUAAGAAAACGACUCAUGUCCAAGGGCAUUGACCCACAGACCCACGAGCCGUUUUGUCCAGAGGGUUCAACAAAACGACUCCCUGCCUCUUCUUCCACCCGCCACAUGGCACAAUGGGAGAGUGCCAGGCUGGAAGCCGAGGCACGACUCUCAAUGGAAUCGUUGGGUUUGUCACAACUCACAUCGCCCAACAAGAUAACCAACACCGACUAUUUCCUACGUGUUUGGCACUCAGAAGUCGGUGAAUCUUUCCGUAAGGGGAAACCCAUUUGCUUCAGUCCAGCUUCACAGGCCUCGGUCUCUAGCACCACCACUGAUAUGGGGACCAAACUAGACCACGAACCAGAUACGGGACUCUCGUGCGUCACAAUGAAAGACGACUGCAAUACCUUCAACCCGGGUGUUACAAACCCAUCGAGCCCGAAUGAAAUGGAAGAUUCAUCCGAUACCGUACUGCAGCUGUUCUUUGAUUUCCAUGGGCACAAUGAUAUGAGCUUCUUAGAAGCGUAGUUCAGUUAAAAGUAGUCCGCUUUCACGGGUUCUGUUUUGUUAGUUAUGUUUAACCCGUCUGUAUGAAGACUAAGUUACUUUUUACCACCGUCUUCAGUGUA